AUGAUCUCCACCCCCAACAUGAAAGCCAGUCACAUUAUUGCGGUGCUGAACAUCUGCAAACGCGGAGAUGUGGUUUUUCUACGCAAACUCAUCUCUUCGAAUUGUAAUUUUGAUGAAGUGAAGGAUAGAAAGGGCAGGAAUGCACUGCACUAUUGUGCAGAGACCGAUGACGGUCCUUCAGGACAGGCAAAACCUGGAGGUAGACUGGCCUGCGCUGAGAUUCUUCUGGAAUCCGAAUUCAAGUUGCAAAAUCAGCCAGACAAUGAUGGCUACCUACCCUUUCACCACGCAGUCAUCCAUGGCAAUAUACCGCUGGCCAAGCUUCUCCUCGCCCACGGAGUAGACGUAAAUACUCUAGUGGGCCCCCCAACCACCAAUGAAGCGAUGGAAAAAGAGGGAAACAUUACGAUAGCCGGACGAUCUGCUCUUCAUUUAGCAGUGAUAUACGCCAACUACGAAAUGCUUGAAUUUUUACUUUCCGGCUCCUUCGAAGAUGCUAAAGGGACUACGCAUAAAUUCACAGUGAAUGUUGAUGUACAAGAUGCUCAAUCAGCUACGGCGCUUCAUUACGCUGUUCAGCUGCCUGAAGGAAUAUCCACUUCCAUCAUAAAAUGUAUUGUCGAACGCUCGCACAUGGACAUAAACUGCGUUGAUGCGCGUGGACGCACGUCGCUAAUCUGGGCGGCCACAAUUGGAGCCUCACUCUCGACUAGUAUUCUUCUAGAGCUAGGAGCAGACCCCUGCAAGGCAGAAAAGAGCGGUCUGACAGCACUUCAUUGUGCCUCCUCCAGAGGCCACACCUCAACUGUCCAGACAAUCAUCAAAUACCUGGAUGGCUCCCAAAUGAACAAGGAGGAGCGUGGGAGGAUUUUAGAUGCCCAAGACUCCGAUGGCUGCCCACCACUCUUCUAUUCCAUAACAAUGGGACAUUUUGAUGUAACAAAGAAGCUCCUUGACGCUGGAGCAGAUCCAAAAGUCACUGACAGCCGUGGAAGGGGUCCUUUUCAUUAUACCAGUAGGACAGCAACCAACGCUGUAGCCGAUGUCAUUGAUUUAUUGCUUGAAUAUGGGGCAGACCCAACUAAUGUCAACGUUGUCGAUGACACUGCACUCCAUGAAGCAUGUGCUAAUUCCAAUAAGGAGUGCGUUACACGACUGUUAAAAAUUGAUGCAAUUGCGAGCAGUCUGAUUAAUAAGAAAAAUGCCUCUAGCCAGACUCCUCUUCAAAUAGCAACGUACCAGGCUUUGAGGACAAAGGAGCAGGCACCGAGUCCCAACACUGCCGUGGAAAUUUGCCACUUGCUUGUUGAAGCUGGAGCCAAUGUUGGAGCAGAUGAUGAUACUGAGACUUCACCACUUUCCAUGGUACGGAGCUGCCUACGCAAUGCACCAAAUUAUCGGCCAGCUCUUGAGUUGGAGCGUAUUUUCAAUGGUGCUGCUACUAAAAAACGUACUACAGCCGAUUCUAAGACAUCUGAAUCACAGGAAACCACUAAGACAACAGAGAGUUCCCGCGAUACGUCUGAAGUUUCCUCCCUCUCACUUGAUAGAUCCACUUACGGAAGUGAAGGUGUUUGCAAGUCCACCUCUGAAUACAUUGACACCAUUCUUCCAGAAGAGAAAAUUCAAGACAGAAGUAGCAGUAUUAGGAGUAGUGAAAGAAGUAAAAGCGACAAAGAUACGAGUGAAAGGCGACCUCCCGAUGGUUUUGGUGAAACAAUUAUAUCAAAUGUGUCACAAGCCGAGAAUUCCUGUGCAACUACAAAAUCUCGAGAAGAUCACUCCGAAAAGCCCCUUUGUCAUGGCAGUUCGAGCGAUCUACCUUCGCAAACAUCAUCUGUGUCAAUGACCCGAGGUUCCAGGUUCAACUCAUCAGUUAGCAAUAGGACGCGAUUAGAAUCUUUGCAAUCUACCUCAAGACCUGUGAGUCAACCCACCAAACACUCAAUAUCUACACGAAAAAGAUCUACAAGUCAGCCAACGAAUGAUGACCAACCUUCCACACAGGUGACAAACUCCAAAAGACCUACCUCACAAUGUACGGAGCCUAUCUCAUUUGACUCAACAGUUUCAAUUACAGCAAACGGUAAAGAGCGAGAAACUUUAUCAAAGUCAGCAAAUUCAAAGGGUAGUCGAACCUUGGUUGAAUCUGAAAAAGCCCUCACCUCUAAGACAAGUAAACCUACGCAAUCUCAGCGAGCACCUCCUUUGAAGGGAAGCAGAAGGCAGUCAAGACAAAACACGAUUGAUUCUACCAAAGAACCGUCCAAAUUGCCACCUCAUAGAGGUGCCGAUGACUCUUCCGCUGCAAUAGUCACACAAACUCGCCGAAGCUCAAGCUGUCAGCCGCAAGAGAGAGUAAAGCGCGUGCUAUCCCCAGCUGUUCCCUUAGGGUCCGCUCCUUUGAAAGCUCAAUAUCAACCCGCAUGGACACAGACUUCCUUAGAAUUGGCACAUUGUAUUAGACGAGCUCGGCCAACUCCCAGCUCUGAUCGUAUAAAUGAAUUGGCCAAACCACGACGUCGACCGCGAUCGUGCGAUCUUCAAAGAAAAAUAACUGACUUGGAGGCAAAGCAAAAGUUGCCACAGCCUACGAUAACACCCUACCUGAUGCCAGUGUCCAGAUGGCCCAAAACCAUGGCUUCUAUGCUGCUGAUGGGUGAAGUCUCACCUCUUUACUGCGCACAGACGCUGAACGUAGCAGGUCAGUCAAAACUCAAGAAGCGGAUACCAAACGGCGUUGCUUCGAAAAACGUGGCUAAGGAGCGCGUACGUUCAGCCAUGGAGGCACGUGUGCAGCUCUCGAUGGCAGAGAAGGACUUUGUGAAGUUGGCAGCGCAGGUGCUGGACCAGUAUGAUACUUUACUGAUUGAGCGACAGAGGUUGGCCAGAACGCGAACCACUCAACAGGUCGGAGACAAGUAUUAA